AGCAACUUUUCCGGUGACGUUGUAUAAAGUCCACGUUGACUGGUAUUUGUUUUACAAUUAAUACGAUAAUUAUCAACUUAUUUCAUUAAAAUAAUUAUUAGAAUUGAAAUUUAUUAAGUUAACGUAAAUAACUGUACUCACAAAAAUGUUGUAUCUCGAAGAUUACUUGGAAAUGAUCGAACAUCUUCCUCAAGAAUUAAGAGAUCGCUUCACAGAAAUGCGAGAAAUGGAUUUAUCCGUUCAAAAUAAUAUGGAUACAUUGGAAAAACGGGUCCGAAUGUUAUUCGGGGGAUGUCGGCGAGGUGAUAUAAACACCGAUCAGGCGGAUACUGAAUUUGUAGAUAUAAAGAAGGGUUACAAUAAGACUUUGGAAGAAGCAGAUGAGAAAGUAGCUUUAGCAAAUCAAAUGUAUGAUUUAGUUGACAGAUAUUUAAGAAGAUUGGAUACAGAACUACAUAAAUUUAAAUGUGAAUUAGAGGCAGAUAACAAAGGAAUCACUGAAUUAUUAGAGAAACGGUCUUUGGAUCUUGAUACAAACACAAAUCAUACAACAACUUCUAGUAAUAACCAUUACAAGGAGAGUAGAUAUCGCAUCAGAGCGGAGAAGCGUCGUGAAAGUUGGAAUAACAGAGACUCGCGCGCACAUGCUACAAAUGGAACCCUUUCGAGAACUGAUUCUGCCAUUCAGGCUGCAUUGGGUCGAGAUUCAUAUUCACUGGGCCAUGCGGGAAGUGCUAUUGCAGCAGCUGCUAGUCAAGCCAUAGCAGCCACUCAGCAGAUGCAGCACGGCCGCCGCACGGCGUCGCUGAAGGCGUCGUACGAGGCGGUGGCGGGCGCCGAGCUGCACCACGCGCACCCCGCGCACCACGCGCACCACGCGCACACAGCGCACCACGCGCACCACGCCACGCACCACGACCAUGGUCACGGCGUAGUACCGACGGCCCACAGUCAGACGGCCAGCAUCCACGGCCACCACACCACCGUGCACGGACACGCUACAGCGUCGUCCUCCAACAAACGGCAUACUAAGCAGAAGAAGAGCAGCUACAGCACAUCAAGCAAUACGUCGAUGCACUCGCAGUCAGUAGCCGCGGCCGCUAGCCGCUCUUCGUCGCCCACAGCUGUUGCGGUGAACAGCACGCUAAAGCCGAGCGGCGAAGAGCACAUGGAGGAGGAGUGGACGUACGACCCCAACGAGCCGCGAUACUGCAUCUGCAACCAGGUCUCGUAUGGCGAUAUGGUCGCCUGCGACAACCAUGACUGUCCAUACGAAUGGUUCCACUACCCGUGCGUGGGGAUCACGGCGCCGCCCAAGGGCAAGUGGUACUGCCCCCAGUGCCACUCCAACAUGCGCCGCAAUCGCGCUAAUCGCAAGAAUUAAUUAAUUAUUAUUACUAGCUUUCUGCCCGCUUCAGAGAAAACCCCGCAUAGUUCCCGUUCCCGUGGGAUUUCCGGGAUAAAAACUAUCCUAUGUGUUAAUCCAAGUUACCCUCUAUAU